GAGCGCGCGCCUCCAACCAUGUGAGUGUACUCAGGUAGUGCGAGACCACAGAAAGUGCCUGCCCCUCUGACACCCAAAGCAGAGUGCCCGCUGUCUGUCCCUCACUCCUGACUCGGCGGAGAGCUGCGCGAAAAGACAGGAAAGGGAUGCUUAUCCUUCUCCACUGCCUUCGGAGACAGGCCGGUGUUUGUCUUCGCCUCUGAGGCAGAAUGAGCUUGUGUUGUGACUGAGAGCGGGAAUUUGGGAAGACCGCUGCGCUCCGUGUGUACAGGUGUUGAGGAUGUAGGCUGGUGCAGAGGGAUGGAGUGCUCCUGGAAGACCCUGCUGCUCCUGGUGUGUGCCUCUCUGGCUGUGCAGUACAUCGCCAUCCGCUCCUUCAGGGAAUCCCUGCCUAGCUCCUGCCAGGGGAACUCCCACUGCCUGGAGCGCCAGUCUAAAGAGUCCCGAUGGAGAUCCGCGUGCGACAAAAGUUCAGCUCCCGUGGAGACUGCGGCCGCCAGGACAGGUUCGGUCCUGGGGCGUCGACACAUCCUGCUGUUUGCCGCCACGCGCAGCGGAUCCUCUUUCACCGGCCAGCUCCUCAACCAGCACUCUGGCAUCUUCUACGUCUACGAGCCGCUCUUCCACGUGUGGCAGUCCUUCACCAACGCCAGCUGCUGCCAGCGGAGGGCGCCGGAGCGGCGGGAGCUGCUGGGGGCCUACCGUGACCUGCUGCUGAACCUCUACACCUGCCAGCUCAGCUUCCUGGAGAGCUACAUCCACCCGCAGCCGCAGGACCACGUGACGGCCGCCCUGUUCCGCCGCAGCUCCAGCCACGCCCUCUGCUCGCCGCCCGUCUGCCCCGAGAGUGCCGACGAAAGCCUGGCCGGGCUGGCAGACGAGGCCUGGUGCCACAAAAAGUGCCGCAUCCUCAACCUGACCCUGGCGUCGGAGGCGUGCCGCGAGCGGGGCCACGUGGCCAUCAAGGCGGUGCGUGUCCCGACGGUGGGCGACCUGCGCACGCUCAGCGAGGACCCGCGGCUGGACCUGCGCAUCGUGCACCUGGUGCGUGACCCGCGCGCCAUCCUCACCUCCCGCAUGACCGUGUUCAGCGGGUUCCGUGCCUGGCGGAUCUGGAACGCCACGGGCCGGCAGCCACGCUACGUAGACCUGGCCCAGAUCGGCCACACCUGCCGGGACAUGGAGGCGUCCGCCGAGACGGGGCUGCUGAGGCCCGCCUGGCUGCGCGGCCGCUACCUGCUGCUGCGCUACGAGGACCUGGCCCUGCACCCCGAGGACAAGGCCCGGGACAUGUACCGCUUCCUGGGCCUGGACAUGGACCCCAGGGUGCUGAGCUGGAUUGCCCAGAACACCAACGUCAGCGCCCCCUCGGAGUGGCAGUACAAGUACUCGACCGCGCGGGACUCCAAGGCCACGGCCGAGAGCUGGAGGCUGCGGCUCAAUUUCAACAUCGUGCGGGCGGUGCAGAGCUUGUGCAACAGCACGCUGGCCCUACUGGGCUACAAACAGGUGCAGACUGUGGAGGAACUCAGGAACCUCUCCCACAGCCUGGUGGAAGCCAGGACCUUCUAGCUAGGCCUUUAAUCACAGCUGCUCUCUGACAUUCCUGGGUGGGGACCCUCCAUAGUUGAUUCAUUGUUCUGGACAGAGGACUGCCACAUUACAUUUGAAGAGUGUAGGUGUUGGCUACAAACCAAAUCACGAACACAAAUCCCUGCCAAGAACUGAAAUAAAAAAAAUAGUAAAAGAUGUAUUGACUACUUUUUCAGUCAUUCCCAUGUUUUUUACAUACGUUUAAAGUAUUGAUUUUUGAAUCACACAUUUUUCAUACCUGCCCAUGAUUAAACACUGAAAAGACACUGUGCCUCAGUUCAAGUCAGUUGACAGGUUAAAGUUUAUCCAUAAAGCUUAUUUUAAUUCACUGGCAAAGAUGCUGAAGGCAGUGACUCCAGAUAAUUUGCCUGUGAUUUAGCAUCAGUCGGUGUCUGUGCCCGGGGUAAGUUUUAAUGAUCGUGAGCUACACAACAAAUUAGACCACUCAGGGGCGUGAAACACCCACACAGCUGACUGGAGUCGUGAUUGCGAGGAAUCGACAUGCGGGAAGCUUUGUGUCUUGUGUUUCAUUUAGUCUGUAUAAUUCAAUGAUCUGCAUUUACAGUAAGAUGAGCUCUGAAGGUGCACACAGUGGAACUACAGAAAUAGUUUGCCUGUUUACAGAACCAUGAAUCGUUUCAAAGAUGCUUUUUUAUUGUAUCUUAAAGGGGAUGACAAAGCUGUGUGUUCAUUGAUUUGUAUAUUUAUUUCUUGUGUUCAUUGAUUUGUAUAUUUAUCUGUUCUUUUACGACUGCUGACAUUUUUAAGACGACGGAAGGGGAGAUUCUCAGGAUCUUUGUGGUCAGGGCUUGAAUGUUGUGCUUCAUCCUCAGAGACCUGGCAGGCUUGUUCUGCUGAGCAUGGAGUUAUGGGCCAAGUGCUGACCAUUUCUCAUGUUCAGUAUGCUGCAAACCUGAAUGUCAGCAUAAAAAUGUGCACCAAAGCGAAGAUCAGGUGCGGAUAAUAGCCAAGGCUUGAAGCUGUAUCUCAUUUGUUUUCCAUCCAUUUUGAGUGUUUACAGAAGAGAACAAAGGACAGCUG